UGUUGUGUUGUCAUAAUGUUUUGUGUUUUGUCAUCUUGGAAGGUGGAAAUCUGGAAAUUAUAGAUGAAUAUUUAAAUUAAAUCGGGUAGUGCGGCAUAUGUACACUUUAAAAUGUCUGCACCUAAGUCCGAGUGUCUUAAAGACACAGUGACGGUGUUGAUAAACGCCGUAGGAGACAGUGAUAAUUCAGUUAACAAUGUUGUGAUCAAAUCAUUGACUAAAAUAGCGAACACUUAUCCCAAAGAAGUGAUUGAAAUUUUUUGCGAGUUUCACAAGAAUACCGCCAAGCCGAACGUUAUUCAACUUGGAAAUAUUGUCAAGGUUCUAGAACAAACAUGCGUGCACCAAGUAAAGAGGCUGGACUCGCAGACGGCAGCGGACCUAGUCAACUCCAUGCUCCGAGCGAUGAUGGAGAACCCCGGCUACGAGCCCUCCGUCCAGAUGGGGGCGUCAGACGUGCUGGUUGCCGUGGGGCAUGAGUAUUUGGAUCUGGUACUCCGUUCUCUGAUCAACCAGCUGUCCCCGGCGUCAGUGCCACACUACACAGUAGCGCACACGCUGGGCACGCUAGCCGCAGUCAACACGCAUGGGGUAGUGCCUCACAUCAAGGAAAUCCUCGGCAAAAUGUUGCCUCUGUUGUCCCUCGUCCGGCAGGACGGGGUCAAACAGGCUUUUGCUUAUGCAUUUGGACAUUUCGCCGUUGCAGUGUCAGAGCAAAUCGGCGAUAAUGUCCAGAAUGACAACAUAACGUCUAUAAAGGACAAUUUUGUCACGGAAUUCACAAUAAUCUUCGAUGUGUUGUACAACCAAUGGCUCCCGUCUCACGAGCCCAAGGUCGCAGAAUCGGUGCUUGAGGCACUAGGGCCUAUAACCAGGCUUAUAUCCGAAAGACAGUUUAACGAAACAGUCAACAAAUUCGUACUUUCACUACUGUCUUUGUAUCGCAAACCGAUGAUCAAUUUCUACUACAUCAGUCAGUGUAUAUCGUACUUGCUGUCUCCGUCACCGCUGAACCCAAAGUUGACUCUUAAUGAUAGCGUUAUAAACUCAAUAAAUCAUGUCUUGUUCAACUUGGUCUUAUUAGAGCCAGAUUAUGACCAACCACAAACGGUAAAGAACCAUUUUGAAGUACUCAGAUGCUUCGACCACAUGGCAGGACAGUUUUCUGAACAGACCAUUGAAAGCUUACUCCACCAGUGCAAAAACAAUCAAGAAAAAGAAAGAAUGAAGGCAGUGGUAGUUCUGACGCACCUUACAACGUCUUCUCAAGUUUUCAUCGAGAAAUAUGCCACCAAAUUCAUUGCUAUACUAAAAGUGAUGACGACUAUGGAACAAGGAUUAAAAAUGAAGAAGUUGCUCGUCAAAGCUAUCGUAGGACUGGUGUACAGAAACUGCAUAAUUACAGCGGAAGAUUUUACAAUGAUCGAGUUCAUAAUAAAGCAUUGCGGGUAUGAACCGCCAAAUUCUUCAAAACUAGAGGUCAGUGACCUUCAUGACACUUGCAGAAGUUCAUUAGUACUGAUGUGCAACACUGUCACAAGUGUCAGAACGCAACUGAGAAAUUUACUUCUGACUGCUUUGACUGUAGAAGACUUCGCGGCAUCCAUGUCCACAGUGAGUCAAUGCUUAACUUCCCUGCUACAAAACAAUUCUGACGUCAUCGCUGACGAUCCGUCAGAGAAAACAGUUGAAGUAAAAUGUUCACCAGACCUUGUCUUCGUUCGGUGCUUAACAUACCUCGCAGAGCCAACUCAAAUUGAAAGGAACAAAAACAUCUUAAUAUUCUUGGAAGAAUUCGCCGGAGAUAUCCAUAAAAACUUGAAGAAUUCUUGGACUGUUGAAAUUCAGAGACUGUUAAAGGUAGUAGAUGACAGUGAUUCGCACGAUCAGUGGCAUGGAAUGUUAUUGGACCUACUGGUCGCAGCUGUUGAGCAAGUGAAUAACAAUAAAUGGGUAGAGACUAUGUCUUCAUUACUUUCUCAGCAGAUUCUAUCAAAGAAACAACCUCCAAUGAUCAAAGGAGUUUCCUUGCAAUACUUAGCGAUACUUGCAUGCCACAUGUCUAAUGCUGCUAUUGUUGAAAAAGUCCUGAAGAUUAUAAUUCUUGCUCUCAAGUCUAUUCCUAUGGAAGGCUCAGAGUACGUAAGCAAAGCUGUCGGCAUCGCUUCUCGUCAACACGGAGAGUUUGUUAUGAACGAACUUGAUGCUAUUUAUAAAGAGAAUGAGGCUCGACGCGGCAGCAAACUGCUGAACUUCCUGUCGUCAAGACAGUCCAAAAGCGACAUUGAACUAGGCAUAGUUAAAUACGCCAUAAUCACUUGCUACGGAAAGGUUGCUGGGGAAUGCUUAGAUGUUCACGUAUUGGCACGAUUAGGGGAAAAUGUGACGGCGAUAUUAUUCGAAGUAUUGAAGUCUAAUCCUCCUUUUGACUUGUGCAAAGCCAGUGUGACCACUCUGUAUGAAAUUAGCAAAGCGUUGUAUCCGGCAGCACACCACAAUGUUGCACUAAGGAAUCGUUGGCAAUUACUAAAUGCCGUUUUAGAACAGAUAUACAACUCCAACUUAGAUAAACGCAACGUGGAAUUAUAUCCGAUAAUCGUAAAAGCUUCUAAAGCCCUCACUAAGUUGCAAAAAGGCAUUUUACCUGAAGAAAGAAAUACUAUCCUACGAGUUUUGUUUAACAGUAUCUUUGGAGAACUAUCGUCUUUCAAACGCAAGUAUGAAGUCGAAGGGAAUGGGGACGAAAACGAUAUUUUAGCAAAGACUUUGAACGACAGUUUGACCUUGCUUCAUCGUCUGAUUCGAGAGCUGAUUAUCCAAUCGACUUGCCUCAGCACUAUUGACGAUUUAGUCGGACUAUUGAUAGAAUGGAUUCGAAACGACAAUGAUGAAAUCAGAACCGCUUCAGUGUUGAUUCUGCAAGUGAUAUUCGAUACUUACAUUAAAAACGUCAAGCUUAACUACGAAACGCCAAGCAAAUUUGGCCAAAUGGGUUAUCUACUAGGUCUAGUGGUCCCUGGAGUAGCGGAUACUAACUUCGCUGUGCGUCUGACAUCAGUAGACUGUAUUAAACUGAUCAUUCAAAUCCAGGAUCUUUACGAAGGUCAUACGAUAGAACCGGACGACGAAUGUAUGGCAAACUUGGCAUAUUUGCAGAACAACAUACUGACAAAUGACGUGAACAUGAUUGCUGAUUACUGUAUGAACUUAUGCGACACUAUAUCGCCGAAGAUUCCUCAUCAUCACACGAUGCAGUUCAUAGAGAGUCUUCUAGAAUGUUAUGAUAGUCAGGAGUACAGGAGUAUCGGUACCAGUUCGGUUUUGGAUGCGUUUUUCGCGAAGAAAGGUCAGGAUUUGUACCAGAGCAUUGAGAGGAUAGUGGAAGUGAUGUUGUCGACGAUGGACGCGGUUGGAGAGGAGGCCAGUUUGCGGUUGAUGAAGCCUCUGACCUCAUUGACACGUCAUCACUCCAACGCUGUCACCGCUGUGCUGUUGGCGCAGAGGAUACCUUUGAGACCUAACGUGAUAACAUGCUGGCGAUCUCUGGCCAAGGACGAGUCGUUGUCGGAAGCCAUCGUGGACAACUUCCUGAGGUUAAUGAACUCCACUGAGCUAUAUGAGGACCCCUACCACAUCUCAGAGAACCACAUCGCCGCUCUCCAGCCUUUAACUCUUAUAAGCGCUUUAGGAGAGAUGCUGCAAGAGGAGACGAUGAAGCCGACCUGCGUGUCCAAAUUCUCCGACCUAUUCUCAGUGCUCUACACCACCCUGGCUUGCUACAUCGAAGCCGAGCCGCCAGCUUAUGCCGUGCCGCAGAACAGGGGCCAGGAGCGGUUCGGCUUCAUACCCAAUAGAGAGGCGAUAAAACUAUCCCCGGCCAAAAUUACAGUUAAUACAUUCAACGCUUUCUUGGAUCAGGCUGAGUGUCAUAAGGUAAAAGAAGCAUGCUCACUCUGUCUGAGCAUAGAACACGGGGACUCGUCAACAACACUGCUGGAGCUAGCUCCAAUAUUGAGCGGCGCGCUAUGCCGCUCGUGCCCGCAGUACCUGUCCCGCCUCGUGGCUCGUGUCGCCAGCUACGCGCGGUCGCCGCUGCCGCCGCAGAGGUGCGCCGCCGUCGCUCUGCUCGCUGAUAUGCUCAACUACAGGUGCAACGACAACGCAGUCCUGAUCGACACAGUGCUGACGACCCUCAACUCUGGUUGGAAGGACACGAGCCCCCGCGUCCGAGCCGUCAGCCUCCGAGGAGCUGCCAACGUGGCUCGCCUGAGGCCGGAGCACAGACAACAUGCUCUUCCAGCUGCCCUCGCCGCAACCAGCCAGGGACUAGAUGACCAGAACACACAGCAUCCCACAGACAACGUCCCGCUAGCCGCUAUCCAAGGUCUGAGCCGUCUUCUAACAGAACUAGAAACUAUCGAUAAAGAAUACGAACGCGAGCUCAUAGCUGUGGCACAGAAAAUCCGACCGUAUAUGAACACUGAUUGUAGCCAGCUUAGAGAGAACUCUAUCCGCCUAGUCGGUACUAUUGCGUCGAAGGUCCAGGCCGAAGCGUUGGUGGACCAGGCGGUCGCGUCUUUACCCUGUUUCCUGUUGCAUCUGUGUGAUAAUAAUCCAGCUGUUGUUCGGGCCAGCAAGUUCACUCUAAAACAAGUAUUCAAGACGUUCAACGUGCAGAAAUCAAACGACUUGGUACAAACACACCUGUUAGACGAAGGUCGCUUGUACCUGGACGAAUUCCUCACAGCUUUGUUAAAGCAAUUAGCUGAUGAAAUGCCCAGCAGCAUAGUGAAAUGUCUGCAGACUGCGGUCAACUACUUGCAUUGUGCUCGCGAGGAGUUGAAGCCUCACCCGCCUUUGUUGCUUGGUCUCCUAUACGCAGAACUGUAUCGCAUCCGGGAGAAACACCCGGAUGAGACGGACUUGGACCCUGACGUGACCCGCAGCGCGCGCAGCCGCUUGCUGCAGCUGAUAAAGGACCCUAAUCCAUCGGUGAGACAGAACACUGCGAUGGCGCUCGCUAACCUGUGCCUUGUAGAAGCCGUUGGUACAGCUCACGUAGCAAGUACACAACCAUGAUAUCAGGCGAUGCAUAGUAGACAUAGAAAGUGCUUUGUCGAAGUGAAAUAGUGUUUUGCAGGUUAAUUUCUGGUAGGGUACCGGUCGGUUAGUCCAUCGAUAGAUUAUGAUUAGAGAUACGCCGAUUGGUAUCAGGUAUUCGGCACUAAUUCAAAAUUCGAUAUUCGUUAUUCAGUUUCGGUGGUCGCAUAUGAAUAUAAUCUUCUUCUAUCGUGUGGGUUGUGGAGUGGAUUGCCGACCUCAUCAACACUGAUGUCAGGGUUAUUAUUGAGCCUAACAUGGCUCCUGUAACUACUACUAUACAAGGUGUUAGUGACGUCGUAACGAAUGCUGAGGGGGAUGACUCAGACCAUGAUUCUGAGUUGAUAUCAAGUGGAAUAUCCUGUCGGAAAAUUCAUGAAAAAUGUAGUGUUUUUUUUUUUCUGUGAACAUACUUUUGCGACGAAAAAUUCCACUUGAUAUCAACUCAGAAUCACGGUCUGAAUUGUCCCUCAAAGUUUUCGUUUCGAUGUCUCUAACACCCUGUAUAAUUAAUUAUAAUAAAAGUAACUUAUUUCAAGGAAUCAUUACAAUUUCAGAAUCUUUAAACACUAGAGUGGAUAGGUAUCUACUAAGUAAGCGUGUACCACCUUAGGCCACACCUUCACUUAUCACCAGAUGAGGUUGUGGUCAAACAUGAACCUAUUUUUAAUAAAAAGAACCGUGAUGUUUUCAGAAAAUCUACGCACUCUUUUAAGGUUUACCUUAAAUAUAGCGCGAAACCGAAUAGUUCAUUCGAAUAUUCAGUUCGGUAAUAGAUAAGCUGACUAAAAUUCGGUUAAGCUAUAAGGGUAUUCGGUUAAAUCACUAUUCGGCGCAUCUCUUAAUUAUAAUAAUUGACAGUUGAAGCAGAUAUCGAGUGUCGAUAAAUAAUAUUUUGUAAGUUAAUUUCUGGGGGGGUUAAAAAGACCACAUCGAAGCAAUUCAUCUAAGAAAGCAAUAUUGCAUUUUGACAUUUGCGCAUAUAAAAGUAAGUGCGCAAUGCAAACAAAUGUCAAAUAGCAAUAAUUCUUUCUUGGAUGGAUUGUUUCGAUGUGUGUGUUUUUAACCCCCGUGGUCGAUAGUCCAAUACUGAUAAUCAAGCUAAUAAAAAAGAAAAACAAUAGUAUCGACAUGUCUUUCCAUAGAAUUGACAAUGUUGUUAUACGCAACGAUAAAUACUGUUAACUUCGACCAAUAAACGCAGUGUAUGCUGUCUAUACAGGGUGUUAGUGACAUCGUAACAAAAACUUUGAUGAGCGAUUCAGACCACGAUUUUGAGUUGAUUUGAUAUCAAGUGGAAUUUUUCCCUCGCAAAAAUAUGGAACUGAAAAUAAUUUAAUAAAUCACUAAAAUAUGUAUUUUCUGAGAAGAAAUUCCACUUGAUAUUAACUCAGAAUCGUGGUCUGAAUCAUCCUCCUCAGGCACGAUGUCACUAACACCCUGUAUAGAUAGAAGUCAUACUUCUAUUAGUGUCAUAGAAUAAAGAAUAAUACUACGUAUGUAACGGUAACACUCCGCCCCGCGCGGAUUCGUAUCGGGCGUUGCCUCACCCCCUCUGGAUCUGGUCUUAAGUGGCCGUAAGCCGCUAAGGAGUUAGAAGGAGCGCGCUGACAUUCUGUCUCGCGUUAGGCGGCAUACGGUAAGAAUGAGAUUUUUGUAUGGAGUAUUCGAGGUGUGUUGUUGACAGCAUACGCCGCGUCUAUUUUUAGUCUUUGUUACCUAAAUGUAUGGAGAUUUUAAAACCAAAGUAUAAUGGUCAUAGAGGUUGAAGGACGCAUGAUAUUUUUUUUUUGGCCGGCACUUUUGUCUUUGGGCCCUAAAAUAUGAAGUUAUUUAGAUCUUAUGAGUAAAAACAUAUAUUUUUUUGAUAAGUUAUUGAUAUAAGGAAUGUGACUGCAUGUAUUUUUUUUUUCGCUUAUGACAGAAACUUACGCAUUUGAGUUUGAAGAAAUAAAAAAAUAGUAGUAUGAUUUAAUGUUAAGAGACUGAAUUAAAGAAAAAAAAUAUGUGCUAAUGCUAAAUACUUAGGUUAAGUGUUAUUCUGUUUUUAAAACAAAAUAAGAGAUAAUUAUAAAACAUUGUAAUAAUCAGUACAUAAUUAUAAAGAAAUAGGUACUAUGUUAUACCAAAAUUUCGAAUCCCACACAUCGUCCGACUUAUCAUUAGACACCUAGUUUUACGACGCCAUUACUUUGAAAAAUGUAGGCAUAAAAUAUGCUUUGGAAUGAACAAUUAUAUACUCUCUUUAAUGUACAUUGUUUUAUAGUCACCUCUCAUAUUAGACCCUGAGAGACAUUGAACGCGGACUCCGACCAAUAUGCGUAGCGUAUUUUGUCUUCGUAGAUAAACCUCGUACCCUUAUUGGUUGAAUCUCGCGAUAAUCUCACGUGUCACGCGUCGGUUACUAUGAAUUCAAGAGUACAUAGGUAUCUAAUGGUUAGCUGAUCGAUGUUUUAUAAAAAUAUAAUCGCAUUUUCUAGUUCUUAAGCGUUAUACCUUCGAUAGCAUAUAAACUGUUAAAUUUCUACACGAUUUUGAACCUUACUACGUAUAAAAUAUAACAUGCUGUUACUUUUUGUGUGCUAUUGGUAAUUUAACAUAAGGAUUUGAUGAAAUUGUUAUUAAAAAUAAAUGUUACAUAAAAAUUAUUGAAAUGUAGUCGUUGUUCACUAUGUGAUAUGAUAAUUGAUAAUUAUUAAAAUGAGAUAUAUUCCUUAUUAGUGUGUUUGUGCAGUAAAUCCGAUCCGAAACCGUAAAAUGACGGUUUCGAGGUGGUCGUAGAACUAUUUGUAUGGUAACAUACGCACUACAUCCGAUAUCCGUCAAACGAUAAUCAUGAAUUCCUUAUAACAGUUACAAACGGAUAAAAUAAACACAAUAGGCGGCCUUAUUGCUAAACAGUAUUUUUUCCCAGGAAACCUUAGGGUGAAAAAACUCAAUGUAUUCGAGCGUAGGAUGGUGCAAUACAAAAAAUGUAGAAAAAAGAAAUAUAAACAUUUAAACAAAGGUGUUAAUUUUGGUAGACACCAUCUAAUUUUAUUUCAAGUUAUACCUGUCAUUUUCUUAUCCGCCGAAAAGGAAAGGAACAGGUAAUCGACAGGCAUAAAAUUUAUGGAACACACGUCAAUUUUAGGCAGAAAUUUAAAAAACCCUUCCAAAAUUGUAUAUUGGCCAAUAACCCCACAGAAUUAAGUUGACAGCACAUGUCAAACGAAUUGCAUAAGAGCGAGAUGCCUAUUUUAUUCGGUCGGGUUAUUCUUUCAUUUUAAAAUUAACAGUAGUCAAUCAUCCGUCCCUUUCCUUUUCGACGGAUAAGAAAAUGAGAGGUAUAACUUAAAAUAAAAUUAGAUGAUGUUUACAGGCAUCAGUACCAGUCAUUAAGUUAUUAAUUACGAACUAAUUUUGAACCAGCCGAAGUGUGUUUAUAACUAGAUAUGUCGUCUGUACCAUCUAGUAACCCUCAACUACAAUGCCAGUCGUGCGGCCGCUACUGUCGCUCUCGCAUUGGACUUUACAGCCAUUUUAAAAGCUGCCACAGAAACGCUGUUUGAAUCAUCUGAUAAAGAUGUAAAGGCCUGAGAUGAUGUCGUCAGAAUUACGUGUACAUCUGCCCACAUUGAAUAACAGGUGUGUCAUCUGCAAGUAUUGCUCUUGUGCGACAAAUUCUGAACUGUUGAGUAGGUCAUUUAUGUAAAAUAAGCUCAUGUCGAUACCCCAGUUGGGGUAGGUGGAGGUACAGUCAUGAGCAAUAUAAUGUACCCACUUUAGGACUCUGUCGCACUAACAUAUUUGACAUUUAGUGAGACUUACAGUUCAAUUUGUCAAAAAAGUUAAUGUGACAUGGUACCAAAGUGUAUACAUAUUAAUGCUCGUGACCCUACAUCCAUCGCAAGAUGAAGUAAGUACCCACACCGAGCUUUCUGUAAGACCAACGUGAUAGGUGGUGAGCCCCAUCGCCAUUUCGGUCAUGUAUAUAAACAAAACAAAACGCAACUCCUGAUAGCCCUCUUCGGAGAAUGCGUAACUUACAUCUUAUAUCGUAUUAUCUCUGGUACGAAUCCCAGCUAGGCCUCUAAACCACUGAAUACGAUUUUAUAACUUUGAUAUCACGUGAUCAGGAUUUGUGACCGGUUAAUGGCAAUAAGCUCGCCUCCUAUUACAUGGGAGUUAAACAUAUCUGGCGAGAAGUGGGCGUAUACUGUACACCUCUGCCUACCCCUUCGGGUAUACAGGCGUGAUGCUAUGUUAUGUUAUUUCAUUUAUGUAAUAGACGAAGAAAAGGAAAGGACCUAAUAUUUUACCUUGUGGAACACCCAUAGUUACAACUAGAGUACUUGACAAGAAAGAAGUCACUCGAACUUUAAUGGGACUAGUUAAAACUUUAUAUCCAUAAUGGCCCCAAUACUGCAGACAUCGCCUGAUUUUAUUUUAAGUUAUACCCGUCAUUUUCUUAUCCGCCGACAAGGAAAGAGACGGGAAAUCGACAGGCCUUAAACUUAGACGGUGUCUACAGGAAUCAGCACCAAUAUCAAUGAGGAAACCCACAUUGCCGAGAAAUGCGUUUCGGAUGUAUGUGAUCUACCAUGUAUUGGGCUGGUUUU